AUGGUUACUGCUGUUACUUCUGCUAGCGAUUUCGAAAAAUUCAUCUCUGUCGACAAGUUGGUCGUCGUGGACUUCUUUGCUGUGUGGUGUGGUCCAUGCAAGAUGAUUGCCCCAAUGAUUGAAAAGUUCUCCACUGAAUACUCUCAAGCCGACUUCUAUAAGGUUGAUGUCGAUGAAUUGCCAGACAUUGCCAAGAAGAACGAAGUUUCUUCCAUGCCAACUUUCAUCUUAUUCAAGAGUGGUAAGCCAGUUGCUAAGGUCGUUGGUGCCAACCCAGCUGCUGUCAAGCAAGCUAUUGCUUCUAACGUUUAA